AGUCAUCAACUCUCCCAGGACUGACAGGAACAUAUCUUUCCAGCGUUGGGAUAUCUAUCUUUAGAAAACAAACAAACAGUAAAAACAGUACAAGUGUCAUUUUGGAGAGCGGAGCCUGUCAGACAAACCAAUCCAGAUAAGUGAUGGCAUUAAGACAUUUUUUUGUGUUUGUGUCACAGAGUCAUUGAGUGUGGAAGAAAGAAAAGCAUUAGUUUUUUUUCUCAGGGAAUGCCCUUCAAGGAAGAUAAAAGUGAGUCCAGUCCUCCGCUUGGUGUCGGGCUCGCUGUCGGAGAGCUCUUCAUUGAGAAAAAUCCACAGCCGAGUGUUUAUUCGAGGAGCUACAGGGGAUGUAGGGGAGCAAAUCCGCGUCGACUCGUUUAAACCAAACCGCCAGGAAACUCCACAAACCAGGGGAGCAGAUAUGGGUUUGGAGGCGAACGCCAUUUUCUGCGUAUCAAAGGCGACGCUGCGUCCAUUUGCCGCAGCUGUCAGCCGCGGGGCCGCCGGCAAAGAGAGCUGCAACAUGGAUGGCUUUUACGACCAGCAGGUCCCGUUUGUUGUACCUGAGAGGAAGGGUCACCCAGAGGAGGUGGAGAGAUGCCUCAGUGACAGACGGAGGAAGUUCCUGGACACAGAGCUGGCUCAGGACACAGAAGAGCUUUUUCAAGAUCUGAGCCAGCUCCAAGAAAUAUGGAUUGCAGAAGCUCAUGUUCCUGAUGACGAGCAGUUUGUCCCAGAUUUUCAGUCCAAUAACUCGAUGUUUCCGGGACCGCCUGUCAGCAAAGUGAAGCGAGAGCCCCGCCCGUCCACAGAGCUGUCUCCCUGCAGGACCCCCCAGGCGGACAUGUGCCUUUACAGCUACAGUGCCUGCGACAACAAACCAGGUCCCCCUCCAGCCGCCACACCCACAAUGCAGUGCGGCUCCAUCCCCCCCGCCGGGCCUCCACCUUUACAGAGACAGCUGCAGCCGUCUCCCCCACAGCUGACCAAUCACUGCUCCCCGGCCCGGGCUCCGGCCCCCAGCCCCGCCCACCACCACAGCCUCCCACUGGCCCACCAGAGCCGGCAGUUUGCCCUGCCGCGCCCCCCCCUCAGCUGCUCGGGGGCAUCUUUCAACACAGAACAAAGGUUCCAGCGGCAGCUGUCGGAUCCCUGCUUGCCUUUCUUGCCCCCAGAGAAAGCCCAAACCACGCCGUACCACCACUCCACCUGCGAUGGCCGGCCGCUGUACCAGCGCCACCUGUCCGAGCCCCUCGUUCCCCACGCCCCUCGGGCCUUCAAACAGGAGCUGGUGGACCCACGAUACCCAGAUCUGGGCCCUGCUGGCCAAGGCCUGGUCCAACCUCAGAACACCUUCAACCAUGUCACCAUCAAACAGGAGCCAAGAGACUUUGGCUUUGACCCAGAGGCUCAAAAUUGCCAGUCAUCGUCUUUUGGGAAGUCUCCAGUUCUGUUCCAGAAAAACAGUCACGGAUUUGGUGUGGAAAGAGAGCCUCUCUUGUACUUUGAUGACACUUGUGUUGUGCCAGAAAGAAUGGAAGGUGAGAAGCUGAGUCCGGCCGCUGCCCACUCACCCAAAACUGCCCUGACAGCUUUACUGACUGCUGAGCUUUCUUAUCUGGCUCCAGGCAAGGUGAAGCAGGAGGGUUUGCCGUACCAGCGCCGGGGCUCCCUGCAGCUCUGGCAGUUCCUGCUCACACUGCUGGACAACCCGGCCAACAGACACCUGAUCGUGUGGACGGGACGCAACAUGGAGUUUAAGCUGAUCGAUCCAGAGGAGGUGGCUCGGCUGUGGGGAAUCCAAAAGAAUCGACCGGCUAUGAACUACGACAAGCUGAGCCGCUCGCUGCGCUACUACUACGAAAAGGGCAUCAUGCAGAAGGUAAAGGCGAAACUCCAUUUAAAAGGAUGUCAUCAAAAUGUGGUGGUGGCCGGGGAAAGGUAUGUCUACAAGUUUGUGUGCAACCCCGAUGCACUCUUCUCCAUGGCGUUCCCAGAAAACCAGCGGCCCAAUCUGAAGGCUGACAUGGACACCAUUCUGCCCCCGAGCGAGGACGACGGCCUCCCACUGGCCAGCUAUGAGGAGGAGGGGCCUUACCUGGUUGAAGGAGCUGAGCAAUGCAUCCAGGGACUGGCUUUUCCUGACAGCUAUCCAUAUUAGAGCUUACAGCCUGGCAGCACAAGAAAUAUGGGAUUCUUUUUAACACACACACAUAUAUAUAAAAAGGCAGAAUUCUAAACGCAGGGCUUAAGAUAUGUGUACAUCAGUCACAAAAAAAGGUCUCUUUUGCCAAGAAUUAUUACUUUUUUCUGUAAAACUACAAUUCGAGACUGUUAAACUCCAUUAAAAUGGUUUUCUUCUGUCCAAACCUUAUGUUGUUCUCAUCAGAAAUAAUGUGUGAUGAUGCAUUAAUGGAUUUUAAACAAAGAGGUUUCAAGGCAAAAAGUUCAAGCACUUUGCGGAAAAAGUAUUCCAAUGAUUCCAGUGAAUCGAUCGGAAUGGCAUUUAAGGGUCAGGGCUGUUAGCUGUAUUCAGUUUUGGGAAGACACAAAAGAUUCUUGAUUUCUUGUGAAAAUUCCCACAUUUUUCUCAAAAAGCUCUGCUUGUUGUAAAACAAAUGUAACGCAACAAACUUCAAAUCAAAGUAUAGCAUGAUAAAUCGCAUAUGUAUACAUAUGUGUGUAAUGGUAAUAAUCCUUCAAAAAUGCCUUCUUUCUCUUCAAAGUGUUUUGACUUCUCUGAAAUCACAGCUUUCUUUUGACAGUCACAUUGGUCAUUUUGGUCAUCGUAAAUUUGUAGCAUGGCUACUGCUGUAGUCCUCGCAUUUGUCAACUCUGGGAUCUGUUUUGCAACCAAAAAGUAUCUCAAAGCCAUGACACUCCUUUGCUAAUUCCUUAUAGUAGUUUUUGGGACAAACUUUCAACUGCUUGAAAGGGACACUUGUAUUUUCCACACCUUGUAAUACUGAAAUAUCUGUAAUGAAAUGUCUUUUGUGUACUUUUUUUCUUUGUUCCAAAGCUAAUAUUUUUGGCAUUAUAUGAACUUGUAUGUUUUUUUUCCCUAUACCAGUUUAUGAUAAAGGUACUGCUUCUAUUUUUUUGAUUCUGCAAAAUUGAUAUUCAAAUGCCAAUAACAAGCAUGGACUUUCUUCCAAAUGUUUCACCAGUGAUAUUACAAAGAUAGUUUUCUGCAUUUUGUAUAGUUGGUUUGCUUCUAUGUGUAGAAAGAGUGUAUAAUUAUAUAUAUAUGGAUAUAUUUUUGCUAAAGGCUGUGUAUGCUUGCUAAUGUGUUGCAUCAGCUCUCCAAGGAUGGCUGUCCUCCUGAGAGUUGACCUUAGUGAUAUAUUUUCCUAUGUGAUCACAUGGUUGUAAGAGAUACUGACACUGGUGUGAAUUCUACCCUCAGAUCAUGUAUGUGUGCCUUCUGUUGAUCUAUACUGACAUGAUAAACUAUUUUACUCUUUUCUUUUGUCUGGCUGCAGAUUCCUCUGAUCUAGCACAAUCACCUCUAAUUUCAAGCAGAAAAACUGGUUCUAAAUAGAGAAAACAAGUCUCAUUGGAAUCU